AUGCCUCCAACUAGAGACUCAACAGCAUUCACGACCUCCCUCCUCCCACCGCCCGGCGCAAAUCAGAAACUCAUCCUCCCCACGCGGACAAUCCCCUCCCCCACCGCAAACCCCCAAGUCUUCAACGACGCCCUCGCGGUGCGGCUUGAAGUCUUUGUCGAUGAGCAAAAAUGUCCGCCAGAAUUCGAGAUCGAUGAGGAUGACUCCCGCAGCUGGCAUUGGGUUAUAUAUGAUACUGAAGCCGCAAAUCCGGGGGCACAGGGAGCAGAAAUAGAGCCAAAAACCAUUAAGCUCCCUGUUGGUACACUCCGGCUUGUCCCGCCGCCUCAUGCAUCGCAUGAGAGUUUUGUCGCGGUCUAUGCGCCGGGGACGUCAGAUACCGGGCGCGAUAUAACAGCGGAUGGGUAUGACUUAGAGCACGAGCCCUAUAUCAAGUUCGGGCGGGUUGCGGUUUUGGCGUCGUAUCGGGGGUGUGGGCUUGCGAGGCGGUUGAUGGAGACGGCAAUGGCGUGGGCAGAGGAGAAUGCUGGGGACAUUAAUGAGUCGUUUUUGGAGAUCUAUAAGCGGGAAGGGGGGGAUCCUUCAAAAGCUCCGCUGUGGAAGGGUUUGACUCUGGUCCAUGCGCAAGUUGAUGUGGAGAAGUUUUACGAGCGACUGGGCUUCGUUACGGAUGAAAGUCUGGGGAGGUGGGUUGAGGAGGGAAUUGAACAUGUUGGGAUGUGGAUGAGGUUAAAUGUCAAGGGCUAA